GAUAUAUCCUUAUACUAAUAACUUUCUACAGGGGCUACUGCAGCAGACUAUGAGCGUGCUACAGGUCUAAGAGAAUUGUAUUGUGUAGACAAAAUGCCUAAUUUACCUAGGUCUCCAAUCGCUCUACAUUAUUCCGGAUCAUAUCAGCCAUCUCGAGAGACGAAGAGAUUAGCAAUAGAGAGCUACCUCAAAAUCUCGGAUUACCUUCUUCCCGAUGAGUCGAUUCAAACUUCCCAUAUAUGGCAUUCCGAUUUACAUGCAGAGAAUAUUUUUGUGAAUCCGAACAACCCAUCGGAGAUUUAUGGUUUCAUUGAUUGGCAAUCCGCUGAACUUGCGCCGUUAUACGAUCAUCCGAUUGAGCCUUACUUUCUCGAGUAUGAUGGUCCAUCUCUUGAUGGAUUGCUAGAGCGCCCCAAACUCGCCGAUAUUCGUGAACUUUUUCGAAGUGACCCCGAACCAUUGGCAGAACGCCGAGCUACAUCGCUAUAUACUAAAAUGUCCUUGGUAUCUUUAUACAGGCAUUUCGUCUACAAGAAAAUGCCACUUUUAUUCAAGGCUCUCGAGUUCCGCGAAACAGCUUGUUUCCAACUGCUUCUUCUUGCUCGAAAUCUCCUAGUAGAUGGCGAGGCAACAUAUCUGGCAUUAUUAGCUGAUCAACAACAAAAUGAUUGGCACGAUAUUCAAAGAUUAAAACAUAGCAGCAGGCAUUAUCCGCUCCAGUUCUCGACUGAAAUGCUCCACAAGAUUGAGAAGGAUCACAAAAGUGCUAUCUUAUCCAUGGAUCUGAUGCGAGAAAUCCAGGACUUGAUAGGUCACAAAUUCUUCUACGCACGUGGUAUGGUGUCUCAUGAUGAGUACAAUGAGGUUAGUCAGAUUCUACCUCAAGCUAAAUCGAAGUUCAUUCGCAAAUAUGCUCGCAAUGAGGAGGCAGUCAAAGAGUUGGAAGAUAUUUGGCCAUAUCACUGACAAGAAUAUCUAUGUUGAUUCGCCUGAAAUUUGUACUUGAUUACUGCUCUCUAGUACAGCGCCAGAGAUAGGCCACGUUUUGCUGUUACCUUAGGUCUUUACUCAUCAAAUCUCUUACUUAUCUUUCUCUCUUUCUAUAUAAAUAUUGAUACAAAUUUUGGACUAAAGCACUCGUUCGGCUGAGCGGAUGGGCCAGAGGAUGACCUGGGUUGCGUAGUAACGGUAUUCUCAACACGCUCUGGAGUAUCAGCGCAAGGAUUCUUACGCAGAUUAGAU